GCAUCCCGAGUGCGAGUCGAUCCAGUAGACUACUUUUACUUUACACACGUAAAUAAGUAUUUACCGUCAAAUAAAAUCCUUGCCACUGCCGUUGUUUUUGAUUGUUUGAGGACACCUCCGUGUAGUCGGCCAGAAAAAUUGAAAAAUGGCGAAGGUUCUUAAAAGCCAAGUGAAGAAGAUGCUUGCGGUUUAUCUUUUUACCGCCUGUAGUUGCCUCUCGUGCUGCGUUGACGUCGGCUACAGCGUACUUGUCCCAGUCGCACAGGCAUUGCAGCCGCGGGCAAGAUAUGAAUUGCAAAUAUGUCUGGGUCUGGAAGUUUGUCAUGCACAUUUUGCAUCACCAGCGAUGUCUCUGAUGCAUUCCCUAGCAUCACAGAUUUUGUGACAGCUUUCGGAUGCCCAUACUACAUGAGAUAUGCCCCGCCCGCCGCGUAGCAAAAAGCGCACCUCUUUCGCAUUCGCUGUUCCUGCAAUACAGAUUUUUUUGGAAUCCAAAUGCAGAACUACAAGUUACAUCCUUCCAGACCCAGACGACUUUGCAUUUGAUAAAAGAGGAGGUGCUGUGCCCCUUCUACUACAAACUGACGCAGCGCCACAAGCAGGAACGAGGGCGACCCCUUUUGUAGGUGCUGCGGGAACGGGAACGGCUGCAGCGAGAAGUUGUUCCUCAUCUUCUUCCUCGUCUUGCUCUUCUUCAUCUGAGUCUACUCGCGACGAGCCACCACCAUGUGCACCAACAGGAACAACAGCGCCCCUUCUCGACGAAAACGCGGACGAGGACGAUGACGUGUGCGUCAUUUGUCACGUAUCUAACAGGAAUCAAGUACACAACAUCAUACCAGAAUUAAAAGUGAGCUUCUGAUGCUGAAGUGGACGUCCUGUCACUGAAAACACUGUAAUCUUCUUCAAUGCGGCGACCAGUAUUAUAGAAAGAUAGCAUAUAUCGGAAAGAAUUUUCUGUCAUGCGCAAAAAUGUAGCUUGUGUAAAAAAAAUGCUGCACGAUAGCUGCGACUUCUACAGGUACAUCAGAGCACGAGCGUUUGAUAUUGUCAACAUGCUGGGCAACACAGGAGCCAACAACACCUAAAAAUUUUUGUAACGCAAAAUAAACAAGCGCACAAGGGCAAGGCAGUGAUGCUACAGAUGCGAUUUGUUUCUGCUGGUAUCAUGACUGUACUUCUUGUUUUCCGAGUGAUACCACGAAGAGAUUCAUCCCGAUGGUUAUGGCAUAAUUCUCGAACCCUACAUUCUCAUACAAUGUUACACGAUUUGGCAUGCAAAAGACCUAUCAGCCUCCACAUGAUGAUGAUGAUCAAGCCACUUGGCAUGACAAAUUCGUGAUGCGCCAAACAGUCGAUGGAAAUUUGUGCCGAAUUUGUCGUGCGGGACGUGCACCACCAAGCUCCCCCCUUUCACCUUCCCUUUUGCUAGUUUUUGCAUCACAACUGCAUGUAACUACGCUUGAAAAUGUCACGUUUGAGAACAACCCCAUAAGCGUGAGCAAGACCUUGGGACGUAUUAUUUUAACAAUUGCGGCGAUCCGCAACGCCGGCACCUGCUGCACUGGGAAUGCGGGAAGAACUGGAUCGCAGAGGGCACAGCAUCCGAGCCGAAAGGGUGCCCAGUGUGUAAUCGUAGUGGUAUUGGUCGUGAUUACGCGGGUGAGCGGCGGAGACAGGUUCUCCUCGCAAGAAUUGCAAGGCGGAAAGAGAAAAUAAGACGGCUCUAUCUAUCCAUCGAAAUCAUUGGAAUUAUAUGCCUGGGGUUGGAAGGAAGCUUGCAGAUGUUUGGGUUUGCCAUGCGGAUAUUGUUUUUGGAUCAUGUAGCAUUUAUGCUUUUACACAUUUUUGCAUGAUGUAGCAGCUGUAGCACGCACGCCGAAGCGUUCUUUGUGGAAGUCUUAUUGCGCAGCAGGGGGCUCCUGCUUGAUGCCUAGCCCGCAAGGGGAGAGACGCGCUGUUUGAGUAGCAAAAAAGGACAAGAACUUUUGGCAUUCAUGCAGCAACACAAAUCGCAAUCGGAUAAUUAUGGGUUGAGGGGCAAAAAAGCUUUCUCGCGUCCUCGUCCAGACCAAUCAGAGUGUGCUGCAUGAUCACAACAAGAUGGUAGUUUAGCUUCUUGAACCUUCCAGGCCCAGAUCGAUGAUAUUUUUUUACAGAGGAUAUUGCUUGGAGCAAGAUGGUCAUUCCAGAUUUCAAGACGGUUGUGGGUUGUGCUGCUCGCUAAGUGGGGUUAGCAUUGGCUGCAUGGCGUUCGUGUGUGCCGGAAACUCACAUAUUCCCUGCCCCUGUUUUGGUGUCGCUGCCUGUCUCGCCGUUGGAUUAAACGUGCCCAACUGUCGCGCGGAGCAUCACAUCAACCGCCUAAAGGAAAAAAUUAAGGGUAAGAGAAAAGGACUGUUGGAUAUGGAAUAUGAAGAUUGUUCCAGGCCCCGCCCGCCGCCUGUCGUCCCGUUCCUGGUUCGGGACACGUUCGGUCGCCGGCCAGCGGCCCGUCCGCUUAUGCAUUGCAAAUAUCGAUCUGGGUCGGAGCUACCACACUCGUGAAGUAGAUGUUGCGGAGUUGGUGUGAAUGAAUGCACUACGAGAUCAUGUGUUGAGGGCAACUGCUGCCAGGCAUGCCAACUUUUUAGAGCUGCACUCCGUCAUACUUAGGGGUGCACAUGACAGUUUGCGCCUUGAUGGCAUGUAGACGCGAGAAGCUAAACUAUUUUUGGGGGUCAUGCAAUACAGAUUUUUUUCCAGGACAGCGAGGCACGCCUCUUCACGAGCUCGACUUCAUUUCCAGACCCGGACAUAUUUGUAUUCCAUACCGCCAGCCCAGCAACGAAUGGGAAUGGCAUAAAGCAGCGCAUUUGGUACUUCCCGGGCCUCAGGAGGAGACUCCGCAGGAGGCGCGCAUCAGGUCAUGUAGUUGACUAGGCAUUUUUGCAAAUGCAUCGCACUGUAACUGUAUUUGAUGUCUCGGAAAUAAUGCAAUACAAUUUUUUUCCAUUGCCAAUCGGGUGUCGGUCAGGUGCUCCCGCGCUGGUGCGUGGACCCUGACUAAUCUUGAUUCGGUAGUGUAGUCAUUUCAUCUGUUUAGCAAUGCAAUUUUCUCGAAAGAAAAAAGAAAGUGAAGUUGUUACGUCUGAUAGCAUAUUCCUAAAUCUUAACCCUAGAUCGCCUGUUUUGGUCCGUGAUAUUUAUCUGUGGCCGAAGCAUAUUUUUUGCUUCACCAUAUUGGCUUUCAUUCCCGCUAUGAUCUUUGUUCUUCAUCUGCGUCUGCAGUUUAAUAUCUUUUGGUAAUGGCAUGAUUAUUCAUCGAGGAUGGCGCUUUGCCUUUCUUUUGUAAUUUUUAACUCCGAGGAUGAGAACGAAGCUGAUUAACAGGAAAGCCGCAUUGUGGGAAGAACGCUCGUCGACCACCGAUCGUCCCAAGUGGGAGUUCUACUUGGGCAGAACGGGUUUCUUUGUAAU